AUGCCAUGCUGUGUAGACACAAUCAUAAAAAUAAAUCAAGUUUGUCUAAUAGACAAGAAUGAAAUGAAAUUAACUGUUAUAUGGGCAAUAGGUGCUUACCCUGUUGAAAGCGAAGAUUGUGAAAUGGAAAUUGUUCUCUUUGUUCUCUUAGACGAAAAUGAAAGAGACCCUAAUGCUCAGUCAGUUUUUGUGAAAAACGAAUAUUAUAGUAUUUGUGGAAAAGUUGUAUCAGGCACUUACAAUAACAAAUUAAGAUUAAAAAUAACUGUUACUUCAUCAACACAUCUUACGAUUAGAAGGGAUCCUGGCUCAAACAGGUGUCUGUUGAAAACUUCAUUAAUUGAAAUUAAUGAUGAGAAUGCCAUAUUCGAAGUACUAGUAAAUGAUUACACUGGUCAACAUUGUAGUUUUCUUAUUAAGAUCGCUUUUCCAUACCAUAAUAACCGAUUUAAAUAUUUAAUGAAUUCUAUCUGUUCUGAUGAAUCGGUGGUUUUUGUAGUAGGACAUAUGAAAGUUAUAGAAGAAGAUUUAUAUGUUUAUGCUGUUGACGUUUCUCAAGUUGACAUUAAUUCUGCGGUUAAAAAAAAAUUUCUAGUUUGA